AUGUCGCUUCCAUUGAAACCGUUGACCAUCGACUCUAACUCUAAGAAGUUAGAUUCGAAACGGCAGAAGUUUCACCAGAACGUCCAAAAGGCAUUGCAACAUUUUGAUGCUGUAACAGAGUGGGCAGACUAUAUUGCAAGUCUCGGAAAGCUUUGGAAAGCUUUGCAAAGCUGGUCGCCACAAUUUCCAAAUGUGAAAUAUUACGUGCCAUUUCCAUACCAGGUAAGUAGACGUCUAGCAUCAUCUCUGUCCCCUAAUUUACCAUCUGGUGUUCAUUUAAAAACUCUAGAUGUUUACACUUUUAUAUUUCAGAAAAUAGGACUGGAGACUCUUGGCAAGGAAUGCAAUAUAUGGAUAGCAGGUCUGUUACCUUUGAUGUCUUAUGCUUCAAUUUCUGUGAAAUCUCCAUUGGUUGAGUUGUAUGAAAAGUAUCUAAUCCAGCUACCACCCUCCAUACUGAGAUUAUUGAUAAAGCCAUUAAUUGCAAGCUUGUUUCCAGGUGUUGAUGAAGAGAGCAGUGAAUUUCAACCAAUCAUAAUGAAUUUACUUGAUUCGUUGAGAACAAAUUUGGGCGAUGACUCCUUAUUUUGGCAAAGUUGUUUUAUGGUCAUGAUCAUGCAUAAGAAUCGUCGCCUUGGUGGCUUAGUAUGGCUAACCAAACGGCUUCCAUCUCUCAAUGCAGUUCCGCACUUAGUUUUGAAGAAGCAGGAGUCUAGUCGCAGAAUUGAUGAUCCCACUGCUAUAGAUAAAAAACAAGUGAGAGAUGAUGCUCUAUCAUUACUGCUUCCUGAGUGUAAAAGUAUAGUCUCUCCGGAGCCAGGGCUGUUAGUUCGCUGUUUGAUCACAUGCCUUGAAGAAGAUAAUGAGUUACUAAUCCAGCGGGGAAUCCUGGAUCUACUAUUACAACGAAUUCACCUUCAUUCGCCCGUUUUGCAAACAUUAGUUACCCCUUCAGACAGACAACUAUUAGUAAUUACUUGUUGUAAAACAAUGUUGAGAAAGGAUAUGUCUCUCAAUAGGCGGAUUUGGAACUGGUUACUUGGUCUAGCGUCGAGACCUCAACAUGCGGAGAUGUCUUCAAACAAUGACUACUUCCCGAAUUACGGGUUAAUUAGUUUAAUGAAUGGUCUAUCAGAUAUGCUCAUGAAAGAACGUGAAAUUCCGAAUACUUUUAGGGUGUGUCAUGCUUUAAUGGAUCGGUGGGAGAUAGGUUCGCGUAUAGUGCCAACUUUGUUUACUAACUUGAUGAAGGCAGCUGAAAAGUAUAAACAUAACAAACAGAUCAUCAAGAGCUGUUCUGUGUUUUUUGACUCUAUUGAAACAAAUGUUAUUUGGGGAAAUUGCUACCAAGCCAUGUUACUUCAUGAUGAUUACGAAUUGUUGGAAUUUAUUUUGAAUACCUUUAACGUUUCCAAUGAUGAAGAAAUUAUUGUUAAACACUGUCCACUGAUGCUUUUGGCUCUUUUAAACCUGUCAUUUAAUGAUUCUUCAUCUGAAGUGAGUCGAAAGUAUUGGCUUUGCAGAACAUUAAUUAAUAUAAUACCAGAUAGAGCCUAUCUUCCCAUUGCACAAGCUGAUCUUGCAGAAGCUUGUGAAAGUGAUGUUAAUGAAACGCUAAAUAAAAUAACUUCCUACUAUGAGCUGGUGACUAGUCCAUUACAACAGACUACAAACGAUAUCUCCCCACCAUUUAGCGGUGCUAACUUAGCUCUUUUAACAACUCGAAGAGUGAAUUCUCUGUUAAUAAAAGGUUUAAAAUCGGGUCAGAUGAUCAAUGAGAUCUCCAUUCUGUUUGUAUUGUUAGUUGAGAAGAUUCCUGAACAACCAAAAGAAGAUGAUCAUGAUGAUCAUGAUGAUAUCUCUGUCUCUAAAUUCAACGAGAGCUAUAAUUGGUCUAAUGGCGGUCUUUUGCAAUCCAUUUUUGAUUUGAAAGAUCGUAUGAGUGAUUCGGCAAAUGGAGAUUGCAUUUUUGGCAUUGUUGAAAUAUAUUCAAAUUACUUAGCCUCAAGGUUAAACCUUUUUGAUUCUUUGAAGCUAUUGAAAAUAAUCAUUGCCUCUUUAUGGAAAUAUUUACUUCAUCCAAAUACUCAAAUGGAAGCAAUUAGGUGCUUAGAUUCACUUAACAGAGCUAUUGACACAAAGUCUAUUGAGGGGGCAUUGACAAAUGCCUUCAUUCAAGAAAAAGAUAUUUCUUUAAAAUUGACUGCGUUAGAUGCAUUGUGGAAUCAUCUAGAGAAUGAUAUUGACAUGAUCAGAUAUCCAUUACAACUUGUUUUUGAUGAACUAUGGGAUGAACAAAGAUUAUCAUACUUAUAUGCUUCAAAGUGGGUUGUCUCAGUUGUCAGUGCUAACGCUGGGAACAGGCUGUUCCAAGUCGUUACAGAUAACCUAUUGUCGUUUCAGUUCUUCGCCAGAGACUCAUUGAAAGAGUUAGACGAUUUGGAUCUAUUUACAUAUCAUGUACAAACUGUCACAAAUAUCUUACGGACCCAAGAAUCUGUCGUUCUUAAAGCAUUUGGUACUGAGUUAACUUCUGUUCAAUCUUUUGAAAACUGGGGAGAUGAAGAUAUCUCAACUUAUAAAGGUUUGACGGUAGCUGUUCUCUUAAAAUUUUUGAAUUUAGAGAGCAACGUACAUGGAAGAAGCAUUAGAAGUGUACUAAUUUUAUUGGAUACUCUACUGGAUGGGACUGAACAAAACUUCAAAUCAAUCGUCACAAGAUUAUUAAACUUGUCUACUAAAUACAUGAAGCAAAGUGGAACUGAAUCAGAAAUUAUUAUUGUGUCAUUGUUAAACAUUGUUUCUAGGAUUUUAUCACUAUCGCAUAAAAAUGGCAUAAAGUUAGAUAUAUUUGAUGACCAAAAUUCUCAUACCAACUACAUAGAUUUUCUGGUCUCGAGUAUCACAUUUAUCGAAUCACCAUUAGUAAUUUCCUCUUACGUUCAGUUACUCUCUCAAAGCAUUGUUUACUUCCAGAAUUCAAUAUUCAACGUUAUACUACCUCUAUCAAAUUCCAUCACACAAUGUAUUGAAAGAUUGUUUUAUGAACCAGCUGAUAAAGGAGCAAACUUUAGAGCUUUUUCACUAUUAAUUGACGGGUUGGAAGAACUCUUGGAGAUUUCGCAUGGUUAUCUAGUCACAGGGGAAAACAGUGGUUAUUUACCUAGUUCUGGAACGAAAAAUGACUUUUUACAAAGCAUGGUGUCUAACGUGUUUUCAAAUGAUACUACCAAUAAUAAGAAUAAAUUUCAAGGUCAUAGAGAGGUAAUACUCCAGUCUUUUAAAAGAGCAGUAGAUUGCAGUUUUGGUGUUUGGGUAUGGGCUCAACAACAUUCUAACCCAAAGGGGACGAUUACCAACAUGAAAGAUAUUGGAGGUCAAGAUUUUAGUGAAUCUUUGCAUCAGCUUUCUUACAGAUAUAAAUUCAAAACAAAGAAAUUGAUAGAAAAGUUAUUCAACCUAGAACCACUUGAAGUUUUGGAAAUACUGAUAUCUAACAGAAGAGAUUAUUUGACAAUCACAUUGAUCCAUGUACUCGAUGGAAAUAGACCUGUGCUAACGGUUCCUCAUUUGAUGCAAAGUCUGCUAAAUACGUGCAAUAAAGGCUCGACCUUACUAUUUUCGACCGUAAACACAACAACAAAGAGAGCAAAUGAACCAUCUAUGGCUGUAUCCAAAUUGGAUGCAUCGGAAAUCUUGGGCUUUAUCACUGAAUAUGUGCAUAGCUUAGAAAAUGCAGCUAUGGAAGAAUUUUACAAUGACUUCCUGAUGUUCAUAAAAGAGAUAUCCCAAAAUCCCUUUUAUUAUGAAUCUGUGAACUUUCAGGUUUUGAUUUUGAUAUCUAUUGUGUCCGAGAAAAUUGCUCACUGUCAAUUUGGUCAACAGAAACGAGUAAGAAAAGAUCUUUCUGAUAUCUCUGUGAAGUAUAUGAACACAGUCCUAUCUGAUGAUGUUAUUUCAAGGAAAUGUGUGAAAGAUGAGAUAUUUGAUGGUCUUUUGUACAUUGUGCAAAGACUACAUCAUAUUGUAAAUGAGCAGAUACAUGGGGACAAAUUUAAUUCUUGUGUCUCUGUUAUGGUUUCAUUCGCUAUUAUACCAAUGAUCAAGAAUAAUUUAUGGGAGGCCGGUGAAGUCAAUUCUUUCUUGGAACUAACAUUGGCAGUAGCGAAAUUAGGCGCUAAAGUUAGAAAUUGGAAAACUUUGAUUAGUGAAAUCUUUAAUGAUAAUGUGAAGUUAACCCAAUUUGUCGAAGCUGCUCCCAUAUGGAAUGAAAUUAUCUUUGAAUGGAGUCAAUAUCAAGAACUUCAAGAUAAGCUGAUGAACGAUCUAAUUUUAACUAUUGCACAAAAAGGUAAUGUCAUAACACCAACAAUUAACCCAUUUCAAGGAUGGUCUGAUUCUGAAGUUACUUUGAAAUUCAAACAUAUGGCAAAGAUUGCAUAUUUGUUAACGAUAUCUCCAAAGGAUACAUAUCUGUUGUAUUUUAAGCCAUUGAUGGAUCAAAUUGAAGAUUACUUGUUCAGUGCUGAUGCUCCACUGAAGGUAAGUUGUUAUAUAUUGCUAAGGGCUAUAUUUGUGCACUUCGAUCAAUCACAUUUGGCUGAUCAUUGGUUGGUAAUUACACAUGGUCUACAAACAGGGUUACAGGCAUUUUACGAAAGCCUACAAAUUCAGGAACCAGUCGAUUCUAAUUUAAUUCUACAAUUGUGCAAAAGCUUGGAUCUGUUGCUGGUCCUCAACUUUGAAGAAUUCAGUGCAACUAAUGAAUGGAUUUUCAUUAUUGGUACCAUUAAUUGUAUUUACAAAACCGAUCCAUACAUGGCGUUAAUUGAUGAAAUCAGUGAAUGCAAAGACUAUAUGACAAGCUCUGUGACCGAUGUGGAGUUGGCCACCAGAACCAACGAAAGGAUCCCGUUAUUAACCGAUAUUCGAACCAUUGGAAGCCACCUAGAAUUAAGAACCUUCUUUCAUAAUUUAAGUUACACUCACUACGAAACCAUGUAUGGGAUGAAACCUAUCAACUUUAAAGUUCUUUAUGAAGACUUAAAAAAAGAUGUAUUAGCCGUUAUGCAGGUACAGUAA